AUGUGGAGUGGUAGUGGGCCUCCGGGCAUGUACGGGUCUUCGGCUCCAGCAGCCCAACAACAGAGUCAACAAAAGCAUGAUAUUUUCGUGGGCAACCUUGCCUUUCAUACAACCGAAGAUCAGUUGCAUCAAGCAUUUUCGGAGAUUGGCCGUGUCAUCAAGGUUCGUUUGGUGACCGAUUCCGAUACGGGCAAACCACGAGGCUUUGCCUUUGUGGAAUUUGAAGAUCCACAGGCUGCUUUGAGUGCGAUUCGCAACAUGAAUGACUACGAGUUGAAUGGAAGACGACUCCGUGUCAAUUUCAGUAACAGUUCUCACUUGGAAGCUUUGGCGGGGAAACUGGGCAUGGACUUGUCGCAGCAAACGGCGCAACGCAAUCAAUCCAAUCGUAACAAUGAUAAUCAACAACAAUCCUCUGGAGCUGGCACACAACAAGUAUCCGAUGCGCUCAAGGGAAUGUCCAAGGGAGAAAUGUACGACGUCGUGGCCAAACUCAAAGAAAUUGCCGACCGAGAUCAAGAUGAAGCACGACGCAUCAUUGCCGGACAUCCACAAUUGCCCGAGGCCAUUUUGUUCCUCAUGAGCAAACUCGACAUGGUCCGGGACAACCCAACUCCCAUGGCCGUCGUGCAUCCACCCGCCGCAGCUGCUCCUCCCCAACGAGCCAUGGAUCCGCGAGCACGAGUAUCCGAUCCUAGAGCCGCCAAACCAGCCGCGGCAGCGCCACCACCCCCUCGUGCCGAUCCCCGGGCUCGAUUGGAUCCUCGGGCGCGAGCUGCGGCGGGACAACCUCCUCCACCCAUGAUGGCACAACCACCGCCACCGCCUCAACCGUACAACAUGCCACCACCUCCCGGUGGGGGAGUUGCCAAUUUGGAUCCGUCAUUGGUCCAGCAAGUCAUGUCGUUGACGCCUCAUCAAAUUUCACAGUUGCCACCCGAUAAACAACAGAGUAUUCUCGCGUUGAGACAGCAAAUCUCGGGAGGGAGAUAA